CAGCGGGGCUAGGGGCUGGGCCGGCGAGCGGCCGAAGGAGAGGCGUGGGAUACUUUCCGUCCGGCCGGCUGCUGACGCCGCCGGCUUCCGCAAGUACCGCAGUUGGUGAAGGUGGUGUGACGUGCGGAUCCUGAAGCUGCAGUCCGCUCCUCGCCUCCAGCCUUGGCCGCCCCCUGCACCCCUCGGCGUCGCCGCUGGCGCUGGCGCUGCCGUCCGACCCCCAGGCCGCUGCGGGCCGUGGAGCUCAUGAGGGCGCGGGCCCAGUCGCCGCCUCUGCGGCGUCGCCCGGGUUCCGGAGCUCCCCGAGCCGACGCGGGCAUGACCACGGUAUGAGCGAGGAGCCGCCGCCCCAGCCGGAGAAGGCAGCGCCGGAGCCCGAGGCGAGAGCUAUGCCGGAGAAGCGCGCGGGCGCGCAGGCCGCAGGCAGCAGCUCGCUACAAGGCUUUGGUCGACCAAGUGUAUACCAUGCUGCUAUUGUCAUCUUCCUUGAAUUCUUUGCGUGGGGCCUGUUGACAACUCCUAUGUUAACUGUUCUACAUGAAACAUUUCCUCAACACACAUUCCUCAUGAACGGUCUCAUUCAAGGUGUAAAGGGCCUGUUGUCUUUCCUGAGUGCCCCCCUCAUAGGUGCUCUGUCUGAUGUGUGGGGGAGGAAGCCCUUUCUCAUUGGCACAGUCUUCUUCACCUGCUUCCCAAUACCACUGAUGAGAAUCAGCCCAUGGUGGUAUUUCGCGAUGAUUUCCGUGUCUGGAGUCUUCUCAGUCACGUUCUCUGUGAUAUUUGCGUAUGUAGCUGACAUCACUCAGGAGCAUGAGCGAAGUACUGCUUAUGGAUGGGUCUCAGCCACCUUUGCAGCCAGUCUGGUCAGCAGCCCAGCUAUUGGAGCAUACCUGUCUGCCAGUUAUGGAGACAGCCUUGUGGUGCUGGUGGCCACAGUCGUGGCUCUUUUGGACAUCGGCUUCAUCUUAUUGGCUGUUCCAGAAUCUCUGUCAGAGAAAAUGAGACCUGUUGCCUGGGGAACUCAGAUUUCAUGGAAACAAGCAGACCCUUUUGCGUCAUUGAAGAAAGUUGGAAAAGAUUCUACCGUUUUACUAAUCUGCAUCACCGUGUUUCUUUCAUACCUUCCUGAAGCUGGACAGUAUUCAAGUUUUUUUCUCUAUCUCAGGCAGGUCAUAGGCUUUGGGUCUGUUAAAAUUGCAGCAUUCAUAGCUAUGGUGGGAAUUCUGUCUAUUGUGGCUCAGACAGCCUUUCUCAGCAUCUUGAUGAGAUCAUUAGGGAAUAAGAAUACUGUCCUCCUUGGUUUGGGCUUCCAGAUGCUCCAGUUGGCGUGGUAUGGUUUUGGAUCUCAGGCCUGGCUGUCCUGUCGUUGCAGGAUGAUGUGGGCAGCGGGGACCGUGGCCGCCAUGUCCAGCAUCACAUUUCCAGCAGUCAGCGCCCUUGUCUCACGGAAUGCAGAGUCCGACCGGCAAGGAGUUGCCCAGGGGAUAAUAACUGGAAUAAGAGGACUCUGCAAUGGUCUGGGACCUGCACUGUAUGGCUUCAUAUUCUAUAUGUUCCACGUCGAACUGACUGAAAUGGAGCCAGAACUGAAUUCUGACAAAGCUGCCCUGCAGGGAGCUGUCAUCCCAGGCCCGCCAUUUUUAUUUGGGGCAUGUAUAGUUCUUAUGUCUUUUGUGGUUGCUUUAUUUAUCCCUGAAUACAGUAAAGCCAGUGCAAUUCACAAACAUAGCAGCAGCGGCAUCAGCGGCAGCCUGAACAAUGCCCCAGAACGGGGCACUGAUGAAGACAUUGAGCCACUGCUGCACAACAGCAGCAUCUGGGAACUCUCUUCCUUUGAGGAGCCCGGGAAUCAGUGCACUGAGCUGUAAACUCAGCAGAAAGGGUGAUUGUGCACAUGCAGUCUUUGGGAGCCAUGGAGGGAGCCACGCCACAUGGAGACCUCAUGGUGCUGGAGGAGAGAUGCUGGCAUCCUUCAGAGCCAAGUUUGAUAAGUGACCCUCUUCUACUCCUCUUCCCAUCUUCCUCUUUGUCCUCCUACUUCCCUUUUGUCCUUUUUUCUUUGUACAUUAGAACAAGUUAAGAUUUGAAAUGCAAAUGAUAUGCAACUCUCAAGGUUAUCUGGAGUCUGAGCUUUGAAGCUCAAAUAGAAAAAGUCAUAUAUCUCUGGGAAAAAGGAUAGCUUUCCUUUAACAACUCCAGAGUAAGCAUGACAGCAGUGUUUCCAGGCCCUUUUCAGCAGAAUAUGCAGGAUUGUAGUAGGACUGCCAUCUUUGGCAAGAUUUCAGGUAAAGAAUCCUCCUCAUUUUACUUCUCCCUGUUUCUCUGAACGCAUGCCUGCAUAGCCCAUAGGUGUUCAUGAGGGGCCGCUCUUAAGAGUCACUCACUGAGUAUCAGGGGUCUUUGUUCAGAGGUCAUAGGAAAGCCUAGUUUACUUGCCUUUCAUUCUUUCUCCUUCCUAUUCUUGUCGAGAAUGAAAUUCCACACAUGUACCUAUAGUCAUAUAUGUGAUCAGUGAUUAUCUUUACCAGAUGAAGAAAAUGUUUCUUUAAUCAUGUAGCACUACCAACACAGAUUCCUGCCCCUGGUGUCUCAGUCCAACCCAGAGUGAUUUUACAGAAGGAAAACACAGCAAGCAUUCUGAUGUAGCACAGAAAUUGGAGGAUGCUUCUAAUUAUGUUCUCAGCAAAUGUGAACAUUCCUGAGUGUGGAUAACAGUAACUGAAAACCAGAGUAGUUUAUAUUCAAGUUCGGGCCCACAGACUUCAUUAUCAGUGUUUGUACUUCUCCACGUCUCCCUUGUCUGACUUCUCAAAUAAUUUUUCCUACCCAUCACACUUCUGCCUUAACUGUCCUCUGUAGUAUGCCUUUGUUUUCAACCAUAAUCUUCAUUCAUUUCACUCUGUUUAUCUCACUUUUAAAUCUCGUGGGAAUAUGCACAUCAGAUUUCUUUCUAAAAUAUGCUUUAGUGAAGCUCAGUUUCACAAGUGUCUUGCUAAUUUUUCAAGAUACUUUAUGGACUAAGAAAACUUUACAGAUUUAUAUGUAUUUUGCUGCACCAGUAAAUGGGUAUUAAAUCUGGCCUACCUUUAACAGUGCACUCCUUUGAAAGUUUUAUAGGUAUGAAAUAUAUGUAGAUAUUUGUAAGGGGUUUUCAAUUUUUCUGAUGGGGUGCUGUGUAAAUCUUGUAUUUAUAAAUGUAAUAAAGAUAUUGACAAAAAUAUAUAUACAACUUUUAUAAAGGAUUGUGUACUGACUGAAUACAUUUAAAAGAAAAUAUAUUUUGAAAUCUGUUCUGCCGUGAACAGAGAUAAUGUAUCUUUUUACUAUGCUGUUGGUUUUUAAGUUAAGCUUCCUAAUGCAUAAUAAAUUUGCAAUGGAUACCUUUAUGUCUUUUGUGUUUCUUUAAAGGGAAUAGUACCAUCGGUCUUCUGGAUUCUGUUUCGGGUGGCUUCCAAGUAAAAUGAAUUAUUGUACACUAAUGUAAAAGAUGUAUGUAUUUUCAAAAACAAGUUUAAUUUUAGCACACUUCCUUCAAGUUUGCGUUAAAACUCAGAUCAUUUAGAAGUUUAUAUAUGUAUAAUAUAUAUAUUUUUUAAAUGCCCCCAUAACAUCUUUAUUUCUGCUUUUUACCACUGCUUAUCACAACUGCAGUUACUUUACCCAGUAUGACCGAUGUCUUUUUAUUCUUUUUUUAAUUAUAGGUUGAUUUUUAAAUUGAGGUAAAAUUCACAUAACCUAAUUUUCAGCCAUUUUAGCAUAUAUAAUUCAGUUGUUUUUAGUAAAUUCAUAGUGUAAACAACCACCAUCUUAUUCUACAAUAUUUCCGUUACCCCAAAAAGAAACCCCAUACCAUUAGCAGUUACCCCCAGUUCCUCCUUUCCCUGUCCCCUGGCAACCACUAAUCUACUUUUUGUCUCUAUGGAUUUGCUUAUUUUGGGCAUUUCAUAUAUAAAUGGAAACAUACAAUAUAUGGCCUUUUGUGCUUUCUUUUGCUUGGCAUAAUAAUUUUCAAGGUUCACUAAUGUAGCAUGUAUCAAUACUUAUUCCUUUUUAUAGCCCAAAAAUAUUCCCGUGUAUGGAUAUACCACUUUUUUUUUUUUAAUCCAUUCAUCAAUGGAUGAACAUUUGGGGCAUUUACACUUUUUGGCAAAUAUGAGCAGUGCUGUUUUACGAUACAAGUUUUUGUGUGAAUGUACAUUUUCAUUUCUUUUCACCAUCUACCUAGAAGAAUCCCUGGGUGGUGCAGAUGGUUAAUGUGUUGGGCCACUGACAGAAGGGUUGGAGAUUCUAGUCCACCCAGAGGCACCUUGGAAGAAAGUCCUGGCAAUCUACUUCUAAAAAAUCAGCCAUUGAAAACCCUACAGAGCACGGUCCUACUCUGACACAUGGGAUUGCCAUGAGCUGGAAUGAACUCAGCGGCACCCAGUUAUAUACCUACGAGUGGAACUGCUAAAUCAUACACCAUAUUUUUGUGCAAAUAACAUGUUAUACAUUUUUUUGCCAACUGCACCCUCCCCUUGCGAGGUAUUUUCACAAGCAUGCUCACGUAUAACAUGCAUAUUAUUUGUGUAAAAAUAUGGUAGUAGGAGCCCUUGUGGCACAGUGGUUAAGAGCUCAGCUGAUAACCGAAAAGUUGGCAGUUCGAAUCCACCAGCCGCUCCUUGAAAACCCUAUAGGGCAGUUCUACUCUGUCAUGUAGCGUUGCUAUGUGUUGGGAUCAACUCAACAGCAACGGGUUUGGUUUAUUUUAUUUUAUUUGGUUUUAGUGGGUUUAAAGUAAUAUCUCAUCAUAGUUUGAGUAUCUUUGGAAGAAUGUGUAUUCAAGGCACCUGUCCAUUUUUUUUAAUUGGGUUAUUUGUCUUUCAUUGUUGAGUUUGUAAGAGCUCUUUUCAUGUAUUCUGGAUUCUAGACCCUUAUUAGAUAUAUGAUUUGCAAAUAUUUUCUUCCAUUCUGUUGGUUGUCUUGAUAGUGUCCUUUGAUGCACAAAAUUUUUAAUUUAUAUGAAGUUCAGUUUAUCUCUUUUUCUGUUGUUGCCUAUGUUUUUGGUGUCAUAUCUAAGAAUCCAUUGCAGAUCCAAGGUCAUGAAAAUUUUCUCUUGUUUUCUUCUAAGAGUUUUAUCAUUUUAGCUCUUAAAUUUAGGUCUUUGAUCCAUUUUGUGUUGAUUUUUGUAUAAAGUGUGAGAUGGGGGUCCAACUUCAUUCUUUUGCACGUGGAGAUCCAGUUGUUCCCAAUACCACUUGUUGAAGUGACUAUUCUUUCCCCAUUGAAUGGUCUUUGCACCCUUGUCAAAAAUCAAAUAACAAUAGAUAUAUGGGUUUAAUGCUAUGCCACUGGCCUGUAUGUCUAUCUUUAUGCCAGCACCUAGGUUUAGAUUACUGUAGCUCUGUAGUUUUGAAAUUGGGAAGUAUGAGUCCUCCAACUUUGUUCUUUUUCAAGAUUAUUUUGGCUAUUCAGGGCCCCUUGCAAUUCCAUAUGAAUUUGAAGAUUCAGCUUUUCCAUUUCUGCAAAGAAGGCUGUUGGAAUUUUGAUGAGGAUUGGAUUGAAUCUGUAGAUCACUUUGGGUAGUAUUGACAUCUUAACAAUAUCAAGUCUGCCAAUCCAUGAACACGGGAUUUCUUCCCAUUUACAUCUUCUUUAAAGUCUUUUCAGCAGUGUUUUGUCGUUUUUUGGUAUACCAGUUUUGAACUUUCUUGGUCAAAUUUAUUCCUAAGUAUUUUAUUAUUUUUAAUGCUAUUGUAAAUGGAGUUUUUUCCCUUAAUUUCAUGUUAGGAUUGUUCAUUGCCACUACUAUAUAGAAAUAGAACUGAUUUUUUUGUGUAUGUUGACCUUGUAUCUACCCAUUUCCUGAAUUCAUUUAUUAGCUCUAACAGUGUUUUUUGUGGAUUCCUUAGGGUAUUCUGCAUAUAGAAUCAUAUUAUCUAUGAAUAGAGAUAGUUUUGCUUCUUCCUUUCCAUUUUGGAUGCCUCCUUUCUUUUUCUUGCCUAAUUGCUGUGGCUAAGAUUUCUAAUACAGUGUUAAAUACAGUGGUGAUCCUACCGGGUAGACCGUCAGGUAUUAUGUUAGCUGUGGGUUUUUUCUAAUGCCCUUUAUCCUGUUGAAGAAUUUCCCUUCUAGUCCUAGUUCAUUGAGUGUUUUUAUCAUGAAAUAGUGCUGUCAAAUGCCUUGUCUGCAUUGAGGUGAUAAUGUGGUUUACAUUCUGUUAAUGUAGUGUAUUCCAUUGAUUUUUGUAUGUUGACUCACCCUUGCAUGCCUGGGAUAAAUCCCACUUGGUCAUGGCAUAUAGUUCUUUUAAUAUGCUGUUGAAUUGUUUUUGCUAGCAUUUUGUUGAGGAUUUUUACAUCUCUAUUCAUAAGGGAUAUUGAUCUGUAGUUUUCUCGUGAUGUCUUUGGCUAUGGAGUCAGUGUAAUGCUGGCCGUAGGAAAAUUCCUCCUCUGUUUUUUGGAAGAGUUUGACCAGGAUUGGUGAUAAUUCUUUAAAUGUUUGGAAGAAUUCACCAGUGAAGCCAUCUAGCCUAUUUAUUCUUAAAAGCAACUAUAGUAGUCAUGGUCUAUUCAGAAACCACACCAGUUAUUUAAACAGAGAAUUUAAUAUAAAGAAUUGUUUACUGUUAAGUAGGCAACUGAAAGACUAAAAUGAGAACUCUGAGCAGUGGGCAUUCAGUCUUAAACUUCAGGACUUGUGAAACACAGAUUCUAUCUAGGUCCUGCCCUCAGAAUUGCUUACUGAUUCAGUAGGCCAGGGGUGGUUACUAAGAAUCUGUAUUUCUAACAAAUUCCCAGGAGAUGCUGAUAUUGCUGAUACUGGGACUACAGUUUUACAGCCACUGCUCUAAGGUAUCACAGGGGUAAUGAAUGCGGUUUCCCCAGUCCUGAGGGAACAAGGGGUACAUGUUUGAAUUAUUAAAAUUUAGAAUCUUAGAGAGGGCCCCCUGUGUGGUUAGAGCUAAGACUUCUGUAGUGGGGCCACCAGCUGGUUGGUACCAGUGUUUCUAGGCUUGGAGAAGGGGCCCGUGGGGCUGGUGUCUGGGACUGGGGCUGGCACAGUAUACCUGGUUAUGUACUUGUUGGAGAAAGCUGCUAUGAAGACGUGCUGCCACUGCCAGGUUGAAGAAGCAUCCCUGGGAUGCAGCUCAGAUGAAUAAGAAGCAGACAAGAAAUAAGAAGUCAGGCUCGUCUUUCUUGAGUCUAUCCUCCAGUGCUCAGAGUUAGAGAUGGUUACUAGGUGUGAUGGUGAAAGGAGCCACUCCACUAUCCUCCUCUAUUGGCAGAGCUAGCACAGAGCCAGCUGGCAAAGCAAAAAUGGAUGUGCACAGCACAGAAGGUUAGGUCAGAGCCGAGAGACAGUAACUGAAUAACUGGCACAGUCAACAUGUGUCCUGCACAUAUUUGAACGUCUUCCCUUGAACCAACACCAUUCGCCCACCUAACGAGGUGCAGUUAUCUUAGGUACAAACAACAUGUCCCCCAAAAUGAGAUAUAAAAUCCCAGAAGUCAUCUCUAGAUUGUGUUGAUUUUAUCUGCCCCAAAGCAAUCACAGUCCCGUCUGAAUAUUCUCUUACUAACAGGUAAUGUUAAGGUCCAACAAAAAAAAUGAGGAGGGGAGAGAAGAAGAAAAUACUUAUUUUGUACAAAUACAGAUAACAAGCAAGGAAGAUGUGCAGCUGCUCCUGUCCUUAUUUCUGUGGUCACAAGGCCUUAGCUGGUAUUUAUAACUUCCACUGCAUUCCGUAUUUGCUUUGCCCUCAGUAGAGCCUCAGCUUAUUGGGGUUCUUUACCUGAUGGGUGACCCAAACCUUCAUUCCUAAAGGAUCCGAAUCCUCCAGCAGUCUUGCCUUGUUUUGGUUGCUGUAAUUAAUCUUCCUCCUGGGCAUGGAAGUACUAAGAGGUGCCUCAGAUUCCCCUGGGUUCCACAUAUAGCCCUCCUUGCCCCCAAUGUUGGCAGCGAUGUAAUUUCCCCUUGGUAAUCAGAAUCAGUCAUGCCAGCCAAUAGAGUAACUCCUUAUUUGCUUGCCACCUCAGUGGCACAAAGAGGCCAAAAUGGCCAAAUGGUCAUAUCCUCCCAGUGCAGUGGAAUCUAUAUGUCUGCUUGUGGCAGCAUAAUCCCCAUAGAAACAAAAACCUUUCACCGGCAGUGCUCAGAGUUAGAGAUGGUUACUAGGUGUGAUGGUGAAAGGAGCCACUCCACUUCCCUCCGUGAAUCCUGGGCCAUUGUAUUCUGGCUUUGAGAGAGAUAGCAUUAUCUCUGAUAUAAUGUUUCUCAUUCAAAGUAGAUCCUGCAUCUUGUUAGAAACCCAUCCUUAUUUCUCUUUUGAUCACAAUUCUUUGUUCAGAAUAAUACAUUUUAUUGUAUAAAGCAGGAGCUCUAGUGGCACAAUGGUUAGGCAGUCGGAUGCUAACAGAAAGGUCGGUGGUUUGAACCUACCAGCCACUCCACAGAAGAAAAGACCUGGUGAUGUGGUCCCACGAAGAUUACAGCAUAGGAAACCCUUCGGGGCAGCUCUGCUGUGUCAUACAGCAUUGCUAUGAGCCAAAGUCAACUCAACGCAAAAGAACAGCAUUGUAUUUGAAAUAUCAGUGACACACAACAACUAAAUAUUUGAAAUAGCUGAAGCUUACAAGCUUAUAAAGUUUAAAACAGUGAAAAAUGGUUACAUUAAGAUAAGUACUGAACCAAUAAACAGCAUCAUGAUAAACGGAGAAAAUACUGAAGUUGUCAAGGAUUUCAUUUUACUUGAAUCCACAAUCAACACCUGUGGAAGCAGCAGUCAAGAAAUCAAAUGAUACAUGGCAUUGGGUAAAUCUGCAAAAGAUCUCUUUAAAGUGUCUUUUUAAAAAGCAAAGACGUCACCUUGAAGACUAAGGUGCAACUGACCCAAGCCAUGGUGUUUUUAAUCGCCUCACAUGCACGCGAAAGCUGGAUGAUGGAUAAAGAAGACCAAAGAAUUGACGCCUUUAAACUGUGGUGUUGGCAAAGAAUAUUGAAUAUACAUGGACUGCCAAAAGAACAAACAAAUCUGUCUUGGAAGAGAUACAGCCAGAAUGCUCCUUAGAAGCAAGGAUGGCAAGACUGCAUCUCACAUACUUUGGACAUGUUGACAGGAGAGAUCAGUCCCUGGAGAAGGGAAUCAUGCUUGGUAAAGUAGAGGGUCAGUGAAAAAGAGGAAGACCCUCAAAGAAAUGGAUUGACACGGCGACUGCAACAACGGGCUCAAGUACAGCAGCAAUUGUGAGGAUGGUGUGGGACUGGGCAGUGGUUCGUUCUGAUGUACAUUGGGUCACUAUGAGUUGGAACUGACUCAGUGACACCUAACCACAAAAACAUUCACGAGACAAUUGGAUUGAAAUAGAGAAAAAAAAUUUGUAUUUCUAUGUACUGUACUAGCAACGAGCAAUUGGAACGCAAAAUACAAAACUAUACUGUUCACAGUGGCUCCCCUCAAAAUUCAAUAUAAAUAUAAUAAAACAUGUAAAGGAUCUGUAUGCAGAAAACUACAAAACACUAGUGAAAGAAAUCAAAGAAGACCUAAAUAAAUGUUGAGUCAGUUUGGCAAAGAUGUUAAUUCUCCCCAUACUGACCUAUAGAUUUACUGUACUUCUUACCAGUGUCCCAGCAGGAUCUUUGUAGUUACAGAGAAGCUAAUUCUAAAAAACUUAUCUUGAAAGACUAAGAAGUUAAAAUAAUUGAAAAAGAAUAAAGUUAAAGGAGUCAUAUUCCUAAUUUUAAGACUUUCAAUAAAGCUGCAGUGAUCAAGACAGUGUGGUAAUGGCAAAAGAACACACAAAUAGAUCAAUGGAACAGAAUUGAAAACCCAGAAAUAGCGCCACAGAUGUAUGGCCAACUGAUUUUUUACAAAUGUGAAAAAGCUAUUUAGUGGAGAAAGGUAAUGCGUGUAGAUCUAAGUGAUUUAAACCGCUGUAUGGUAUUUUAUUGUAGAAAUGAGGCUCCUUUAUGACAUUUAACUUUUCUAUAUCUUUUUAAUGUAUUUUCCACAUAGUAACUGGAGGGAUCUUGUUUAAAAGGCAGAUUGUCCUUCAUUUGUUCAACCCCUCUCCCUCCACUGUCUUCCCUAUGGCCUCCCAGGCCCACCCUAUUGUUUCCCUAGUUGUUGCUUAGACCUGUAAUUCUGUCUUUGGCUCCCUGCACCCAACCUAUCGUGUGUAUGUACUGCAGACACCUUUCUCUUGGUCUCUGCCUCUAUCUUAAUAUGGAGAGGACAACCACACCAAUAUCUAGCAGUGAAGAUUGAGCAGGCAUGAACAAAUUAUGUUCUUUUAAUCCAACUGUAUUCUCAGCAGAGCUAAUCUGGAAUGUUUAAAAGUCUUCAUAAUGGCAUCAUUGUACUUCAUGAGCAUCACACAUCUGAGGGUGUUGCUCUUGAUUUUACAUUGGUAAGGCAAGAUGUUGCUAGUUCCUUUUCUCUCUGCUUUGUUAAUGUGUACACAUCCACAUUGUCACUACAGGCAGUGUCUUAACAAGUCAUCCACGUGAUUCCAUUGCCAGAUGGUAACCAGCUUGAGGUAAUGACUUCCGUUCAUCUAGUUAUUUCUAACAGAGUGCCUGGCAUGGAAUUGGUUCUUGGCUAGUCUUUGUUGGCUAAAAAAAGGGACCUCCUAUAGCCUCUCCCUUGAUCUAGCUAAUGUAUUCAGGGCAUUGUCUCCCUCCCCCUCAGGUACUUUACAGUCCCACGUGUUUAGAAGUGGCCACAGCUAGGGUCCCAGGUGGGGGGCCUGGUGUUUGAAUACAGAGAGGCAGUGCUCUUAGAUAGGGAGAAGACUGGUGCAAAAACAGCAACAGCUGGCACUUUCAGGGUGUGCCUGUUGUUAAUAACUACAGCCUUCAACAAUUUAAGAGAAGGAAGAGGAGCGAACUCUGAGGAAGGGGAAGAAUCUGAUUUCUGAGUUACCACAUUGUAUUAAUCAAAUUGCUGAUUUCCGAAAGAAAAAAAAAAAUCACAAGGCAUGCAAAGUAAUAAAAAAGGAUGACUCAUGCAAAAUAACAAUACAAAGUGACAGAAACCAUCCUGUGGAAGGACAGAUAAUUUACUAGACAAAAGUUUUAAACACUUUUAAAUAUGCUGAAAGAGCUAAAGGCCAUUAGGAAAAUGAUACAGGAAGAAAACAAGAAUAUUAAGAGAAUUUUUUUUUUUAAGGAACCAAACAAAUACUAGAGCUGAAAAAAUACAAUAAUGGAAAUAAAACAUAACGAGGAGGUCAGCAGCAGAUUUGAGGUGGCAGAAAAAAAUCAGCAAAUUUGAAGAUAGGCAGUUGAGAUUAUUGAGUCUGAGAAGAAAAAAGAAUGAAACAGUGAACACAGAGCAUAAGGGACUUGAGGGAUACCAUCAAACACCAAUGUAAGGAAUCCCAGAAGAAGAAAGAGGAGCAGAAAGAAUAUGUGAAGAAAUAAUGGCUGAAAACCCAAAUUUGAUGAAAGACAUGAAUUCUACACAUUCAAGAAGCUCAAUGAACUCCAAGUAGGAUAAACCACAGUGAUUCACACUGAGACACAUUAUCAUCAAACUCACAAACUAAAAGAAUCUUGAAAGCAACAAGAGAAGCAAAUGGUCACCAGUGAGGGAUCCUCAAUAAGGUUAAGCACUAAUUUCACCUCAGAAAUCAUGGGCAGCAGUGGGUUGACAUUUUAAGUGCCAAAAGAAAAGAAUUGUAAAGCAAGAAUUCUGUGUCUAACAAAACUAACCUUCAAAAGUGAGGGUAAAAUUAAGACAAUCUCAGACAGACAAAAGCUGGGUGAGUUCAUAGCCACAAGAGUGGCCCUACAAGAAAUGCUAAAGGGAGUCCUUCAGGUUGAAAAGAGGAUUAUAUACAGUAACUCAAAAACAUAUGAAGAAAAAAAAAAAAAAGACGCCCAGUAAAGAUCAUUUAAUGGGUAAAUAUAAAGGUGAGUUUUAUGGUAUUUUAGUGUCGCAACUUUGUUAUGUCUUACAAGAUUUAGAAGAAAAAUGCAUAAAAUGUAUAUGUUACUGGAAACACAAGAUGUAAUUUGUGACAACAUAGGAGGGGGAGGGUGGUAUAGGAACAGUUUUUGUAUGUUAUUGAAUUAUCAUCAGCAUAAAGCUGGUUCCUAUGAGGUGGAGGUCCAGUAUAUCUCCACCUUCCCACUUCUCCAUUAUUUUUGACACAAGCCACUCCCUCCCAUGCCACUCUGUGCUUCUCUGCUGGGUUCGCUAAUUUGUUGUAAUGGCCACAGACCAUACUCAUAGUUAUGCGGUUGAUUAGGGAAGUAACAGGCUACAAGGAGUGCUGGUGAUGCAAUAGUUAAAGCACUCAGCUGCUCACUGAAAGGUCAGCAGUUCAAACCCACCAGGGGCUGCUCCAUGGGUGAAAGAUGUGGCAGUCUGCUUCCAUAAAGAUUUACAGCCUUGGAAACUCUAUGGGACAGUUCUGCGCUGUCCUAUAGGGUCAUUAUGAGUCAGAGUCAACUCGACAGCAACAGGUAUUGAAGUUAAGUUGGUAUCAGUUUCAACUUGUUAGGUGCCAUUGAAUUGGUCCCAACUCAUAGUGACCCUGUGUAUAACAGAACGAAACACUGGUCCUUCACCAUCCUCGCAAUUGUUAUGCUUGAGCCUAUCAUUGCGUUCACUGUGUCAAUCCAUCUCGUUGAGGAUCUUCCUUUUUUUUCACUUACUCUCUGCUUUACCAAGCAUGAUGUCUUUCUCCAGGGACUGUUCCCUUCUGAUAAUAUGUCCAAAGUAUGUGAGAAGUCUUGCCAUUCUUGCUUCUAAGGAGCAUUCUGGCUGUACUUCUUCCAAGACGGAUUUGUUUUUUCUUCUGGAAGUCUAUGAUAUAUAUUCAGUAUUCUUCACCAACGCCAAAAUUCAAAGGCAUCAAUACUUCUUCACUCUUCCUUAGUCAUUGUCCAGAUUUCACAUGCAUAUGAGGCGAUUGAAAACAACAUGGCUUGGGUCAAGCACACUUUAGUUCUUAAAGUGACAUCUUUGCUUUUUAACACUUUAAGGAGAUUUUUUGCAGAUUUGCCCAAUGCAAUGCAUCAAUUUAUAACAAUCAAUAUUAACUAAAUUGUUAUAAAUUUAAGAUGUUAAAUGUAAUCCCCAUGGUAACCACAAAGAAAAUAUCUUUAAAAAUAUACUCAAGGAAACAAAAGAAUCAAGAGAGUUCACUCUAAAAAGUCAACAGAAAACUAGGCAGUAUUGUAAGAAAUGAGACAAAAAAGGUAUAAGACACCCAGAAGUGCCUCAGAAGAGAGACCUGGCUAUCGUGAAUAGUCACAGUCUUGAAAAUCCUAUGGAGCAGUUCUACUCUGCACACAUGUGGUCUCCAUGAGUUGGAAUCAACUUGACAGCAAAAAACAACAUCAACAUGCAAAACAGUGAAGUGGUAGAAGUAAGUGCUUCUUUAUCAGCAAUAACUUUAAAAGUUAAUAGAUUACAGUCUUUAAUCAAAAAGGAGAAAUUAGCAGAAUGGAUAAUAAUCCAACUAUAAGCUGUCUACAAAAGAUCUACUUUAAACAAAGACACUGGUAGGUUGAAGGUGAAAGGAUGGGAAAGAACAGUGUAUUCAAAUAGUCAAAAGAAAUUGGGUUGCUAUAUUAACGUCAGACAAAAUAGACUUUAAAAAUCUGUUACUGACAAAGAAGGACAUUACGUAAUGAUAAGAGGGUCAAUUCAUCAAGAAGAUAUAACAAUUACACAUGCAUCUAAUAACCAAAAAAAAAAAUUCUGUAGGUUGUCUCUUCCCUUUUUUGUUGAAGUUCUUUGUUGAACAGAAGUUUUAUUUCCCAAGCCCCUUUGUUCUUAGAAAGUCCCAUGCUUUCAGGAGUUGAGUCCUUGCAAAGAAUCCUUUUCCUGACGCCACCUGUAAAAUCAGCUUGGGGGCAGUGUUUGACCUCCUCCACCUAGCGCAAGGAGUUGCCUUAAUGGGUAUAGCCCUGUUGAGGGUUCUGGGGCCCCAGGACUAAAUCAGUCACCACUCUGAGUAUGCACCAGGGGAAGCAUCUCAGCACUGGAGGCCUCAGGGGCUGAGGAACUGGGUCCUCUUCUGGGAGACUAGACAAAACGGGUUUUAACCUCGGUCUGAACCAUGAUUUUACAUUGUUUUGCAAAUUCUUAUUUUACCACAACCACAUAAAAGCUUCAACAUCCAUUUUCUCAUCCCACUUUAGUACAGAACAAAUCUAACUGCAGUAUGGUAUUAAAAUUUCAGGGUCCAUUCCAAGGCCAGUGUUGGCUGUCCCCGAGCUCGUAUUGGGGCCAUGUGGUGUUACAAAAAAAUUCCAUUUUAGACUUUUUCAUUGGGUCAUAUCCAAAAUAAGACGAAUUCUUGGAGGCGGAGCCAAGAUGGCGGAAUAGACAGAGGCUUCCGUCGAGCCCUCUUUACAACAAAAACCCGAAAAAAAACAAGUGAAAGGAGUAUAUUUGUGACAAGCUGGGAGCCCUGAGCAUCAAAGGCAAGCUUAGACAAGGAAUUGAGGGGCAGGGGGAGGAAGAGGCUGUUCAGAAGCGGAGAGGAGUUACUGGACCUGAAUCGCGGGGAGCCCUCAGGCACUAUUCCUGGAGCAGCGGCGGCGGCGGGCUGGUCCUAGCAUUGGGCCGCAGUUUCCUCAGGGAGAAGCAGCAGCCACACAGCCCACUCACACCUCUGGAACCUGAGGAGAACACCGCUCUUGGCAAAAGCUAAAUACUUGGGUAUAUUUUACCGCGCCCACCCGCACCCCCAAGCCAGCUUCAGCAGCUGAAUCCCUGAGAUAGACCCUGGUGAACACCUGGAUUCAUCCUCCCGGCCUUGAGGAAGGAAAAAAUUUGCAACUGGGGGGAAAAGAUAAUUUGCUAGCUCCAUUAACUGGGAGAGCUCAGGACAGAAGCGGCUCCUGUCCAAGCAUAAACCAUCCGUGGACCUUGAGCACCUUUCCCUUCUGCAUGGGCCUGUGUGGGCCUAUUUCAGGAGAAUAGGCCCUUGUUGGUAAACUCCAACUAUUUCAGCAGUGUGGUGGAGAGGUGGGUGUUUGACGUCUGACAUUGCCUUUUAAACAAGGUCCUCACCUACGCACAUCAGGGACCUAAGGACUGGCAGCUCCACUCAGGUCACCCUGCCACCUGCGACAUGGUCCAAAGAUAACUGGUACCUCCCAGUCCUUACAACCAAAACCUUUGGGUGCCCAUGGUCCCUCUGCAGAACCCACCCCCCAGCACGCUCUAGGGAACAGAGACAUGUUUUCCUCAGAGACACUUGGGGGUCAGUUCUCAGCCCCCUGCCUUGUUCAGAGCGUGACCGCCUGCUGCAAUGAGAUACCGGUAUAUAUGCCAAUCACCCUUGCCCCUCUAAGACUGUAGGACAGAGCCUGUACCACAUACUUGAUGAUCAGCUACCUGGAAACCUGAGCUGAAUUCAUGCAAGAAAACUGAAUGGACUCCUAGACUGAUAUACCUGAUAACAGCUCUAGCCAGCUGGGGACAGGACACCAGAGCUCCAAAGGCGAAAAUAAGCUAGCUCACUCAAGCAACCCAUAGGGGUAUACCAAAACAAAACAAAGCAAGCAGCUACAACAGAGUAAGCAAGCAUAAACUAAUGCAAUAACUAUUAGAUGGCUCAGAGACAACAGUCAGUAUCAAGUCACAUAAAGAAACAGACCAUGAUCACCUCAACAGGCUCUCAAAGCAAAGGAUCCAGGGAUCUUCUAGGUGAAAGUGCAUUCCUGGAAUUACCAGAUGCAGAAUACAAAAGUUUAAUAUAUGGAACCCUUCAAGACAUCAGGAAGGAAAUGAAUUAAUGCUCAGAACAAGCCAAGGAACACACAGAUAAAGUAGCUGAAGAAAUUAGAUUAUUCAGGAACAUAAUGAAAAGUUUAAUAAGCUGGAAAAAUCCAUAGACACACAGCAAUCAGAAAUUCAGAAGAUUAACAAUAAAAUUACAGAAUUAGACAACUCAAUAGAAAGAGGAGCAGAAUUGAUCAAGUAGAAGCUAGAAUUUCUGAACUCGAAGAUAAAUCACUUGGCACUAAUAUAUUUGAAGAAAAAUCAGAUAAAAGAAUUUUAAAAAAUGAAGAAACCUUAAGAAUCACAUGGGACUCUAUCAAGAGAAAUAACCUACGAGUGAUUGGAGUACCAGAACAGGGAGGGAUAACAGAAAAUACAGAGAAAAUCAUUGAGGAUUUGUUGGCAGAAAACUUCCCUGAUACUGUGAAAGAUGAGAAGAUAUCUAUCUAAGAUGCUCAUCGAACUCCACAUAAGGUAGAUCUUAAAAGAAGUCACCAAGACAUAUAAUCAAGCUUGCCAAAACCAAAGAUAAAGAGACAAUUAUAAGAGCAGCAAGGGAUAAACGAAAAGUCACCUACAAAGGAGAGCCAAUAAGAAUAAGCUCAGACUACUUGGCAGAAACCAUGCAGGCAAGAAGGCAAUGGGAUGACAUAUUUAAAAAAUUGAAGGAAAAAAAUUGCCUACCAAGAAUCAUAUAUCCCUCAAAACUGUCUCUUAAAUAUGAAGGUGAAAUUAAGACAUUUUCAGAUAAACACAAGUUGAGGGAAUUCAUAAAAAACAAGCCAAAACCACAAAAAAUACUAAAGGGAGUUCUUCGGUUAGAAAAUCAAUAAUAUCAGGUAUCAACCCAAGACUAGAACACUGGGCAGAGCAACCAAAAGUCAACCCAGACAGGGGAAUCCAAAAAAAACAAAGCCCAAAACAGGGUAACAACAAUGUUAUUAUAUAAAAGAAGACAACAUUAAAAUAAUAAAGAGGGACUAAGAAAUGUAAUCAUACACCUUCCAUAUGGAGAGGAAGAUAUGGUGUUACAAAGAAAUAAAAGUUUUAAAUUUAGAAAAAUAGGGGUAAAUAAUAAGGUAACCACAAUGAGAUAAACUAUCCUACUCAUCAAAAUAAAAUACAAGGGAAAAAUACAGACUCAGCAGAAACAAAAUCAACAACAACAAAUAUGGGGAAAGGACAAUAUAGAAAGAAAAUCUACUCAGCACAUAAAAUCAAGUGGGAAAAAGAAGCUGUCAACAACACACAAACAAAAAGACAUCAAAAUGAUAGCACUAAAUUCAUACCUAUCCAUAAUUACCCUGAAUGUAAAUGGACUAAAUGCACCAAUAAAGAGACAGAGAGUGGCAGAAUGGAUUAAAAAACAAGAUCCGUCUAUAUGCUGCCUACAAGAGACACACCUUAGACUUAGAGACACAAACAAAAACUCAAAGGAUGGAAAAAAAAUAUAUCAAGCAAACAACAAUCAAAAAAGAGCAGGAGUGGCAAUAUUAAUUUCUGACAAAAUAAGACCAAUUCUUUAAAAUACACCCUAGAGGACUACGUUCUGGAACGCUCUAUUUCCCAUGGUACCAAAACCUAAAACUACAGAAUGCCUAUUUAGAACAAAAAUAUUUGACCCGAUCUUCACUGGCUAAGCAUUACCAGAAUCUACAGUCUUUCUACUUUUCUACAAAUAGGACUUACUUCUAUACCAAAGCUGGAGUCACAGAUGGCUGGUCAAAAUGAAAGUGUUUGCCCUGACCUUCACUGGCUAAGCAUUACCAGAUCUACGGUCUAUUCACUUUCUGAACAAUAGGACCUAUUUCUGUACUCACCAAGGGUGUUUUUUCCCUCUUCCCAGGGAACCUGACACUGUUCUCUCUCCUCAUGUCCACCACUGAGAGGUCCAAGGUUAGCUCUGGCUUUGAGGGCCAAAACAAAUCUCCCUCAGAGAAAGAUUACUGGCAUGCACAGGGGAGAAGCGGUCAGUUCCUGUCAGCUGGAGGCGAUCUUCCGGAUUUAGGCAGUGCUGGUCCCAUCUGGGUUGCCGGAAUUUGUUACCCAAAGCAGGUCCUGCUUGGUGCGGCUUCUUGUCAAUGAAGACACACCGAGGUGAGGAGGGAGGAAGAGUGUCCAGUGCAAGCAUCCAGACAAGGAGCCAAGUAGGUGCAUACCUCAAAUCAAGCCCCCUAAAUAAAGGGAGGCAGGUCCUUUUAUACGGUCUCUCAUGGACUACAUAGGUUAUCAUGGCACGCAGGUGCGGUAAGUCAAUUAAUUUUUUUCUUUUGGCAUGUAGGCUAGUAAACAGUUUGUCUUGAGCCGUACCCAGCAUUUUGACGGCAAUAGGAGGAGUUCUGCUUGGUCUGAGCAGCUCCCAGUUGAGCCACACUCAUGGCCAUCACCUAAGCUUUUGUUUGCUAAAGGACAGGAGGAGCAGGUAAGCAGCUCCCUGCUGCUCUGGCUAUCAAUAACCCAGUAACACUGCCGUCGAUUCCGACUCAUAACGACCCUAUAGGCCAGAGUAGAACUGCCUCAUAGAGUUUCCAAGGAGCGCCUGGCGGAUUCGAACUGCUAACCUUCUGGCUAUCAGUGGCAUUCCCUUAUUCUUGUAAUCUGUGGAAGGUCAAUAGUAGUGUCUCCUGUUUAUGCCUGACAUUUAAUUUGUAUCUUUUCUUAUUCUUUCGCAGUCUAGCUAAAGAUUUGUCAAUUCUGUUGAUUUUUACCAACAACCAUAUUUUGGUUUUCUCUUUUUUUGUUAUUGUUCUUAUUAAUUUCAUUGAUUUCUGCUCUAAAAUUUAUUUUUCAUGCCAUUUAUUUCUUUUUCUCAUCUAAAAUUUAUUUCCACCCUUCUAUUUGCUUUGUAUUUAGUUUGCUGUCUUCCCUUCUCCCCAGUGAUUUGAUUUUUUUUUCUUUUCUGAUACAGGAGGUUAUAUCUAUAAAUUUAAAAAGUCAGCCAUUGAAAACCCUAAAAAACCCAGUUCUGUUCUGACACACAUGGGUCAGCAAGAGUCCAAAUAACUCAAUGGCAACUACAAAUUACCCUUUAAUUUGAAAAAGAGAAAGAAAGCUGCAGAUUACCCUCUAAUUACUGCUUUACUAUAUUGCAUACAUUUUGAUAUGUUGUGCUCUUGUUUUCAUUCCUUUCAAAGUAUUUUCUCAACUACCUUUCAUUUAUUGUUUGACCCAUGAAUUAUUUAGAAAUGUGUAGUUUAAUUUCCAAAUAUUUGUGGUUUUCCCAAAUUUCUUAUAGUUAUUCGUUUAUUUCUAAUUUAAUUCCAUUGUCAUCAGAGAACAUACUUUGUGUGAUAACAAUCCUUUUAAAUUUGGGAUUUGUUUUAUGGCCUAGCAUAUGGUCUAUCCUGGAGAAUGUUCUGGAGAAUGUUCUGUAUUCACUUGAAAAGAGUCUAUCUGCCACUGUUGUUGGGUAGAGUGUGCUAACUGACAUUUGUCACUUAGUUCAAGUUCUUUGAUAGUAUUGUUCAAGUCUUCUAUAUAAUGGCUGAUAUUCUGUGUAAUUGUUAUAUUUCAUUACUGAAAGUGGGUUAUUGAAGUCGCCAACUAUUAUUGUUUGUCUCUUUCUCCCUUCAAGUCCAUCAGUUUUUGCUUCAUGAAAUUUGGGGCUAUUACUUGGUACACAGGAUUAUUAUUGCUAUAUUUUCCUGAUUUUAUACUUUUAAAAUGUCACUGUCUCUAAUAGUGGAACUGUGGUGGCAAAGUGGUUAAGAGCUCUGCUGCUAACCACAAGGUCAGCAGUUGGAAUCUACUGGCCAUUCCUUGGAAGCUCUAUGGGACAGUUCUAUUCUGUCCUUCCUAUAGGCCACUAUGAGUCUGAAAUCAACUUGACAGCAAUGAGUUCAGGUCUCUAAUAGCAUUUUUGUAUUAUAUUAAUAUAACCACUCCAGGUUACCAUUUUCAUGAUACAUAUUUUCUAUUCUUUUAUUUUCAACCUGUUUGUGUCUUUGAAUCUAAAGUAUCUUAUUGACACCAUAUAGUUGGAGCUUGUUUUUUUUGUUUAUUUUGGUUUUUGUUUGUUUGUUUUUAUCAACUCUGUCACUGCCUUUUGAUUGGAGUGUUCAAUCUCUUCACAUUUUUUUAAACUUCAUUGCUUUGUUUUCUUUUUCUCUGCACCGUUGGAAGACUGGAAUGUAAUUAUUUUCUCUCAACUAGAAAGAUUUGAAGAUUAAUAACUUCUUGCCUUCUGAAAAGGGAAAUUAACUCUUUGCAUUGCUAAUUAUACUAACUUAGAAUUUAAGUGGCCAUGGCAAAUGGUUGUGAAAGAAAAAGAGGAAGGAGAGUAAGCAGAGGGGAAAAAGAGGUUUUGUUCAGAAUUAAAGAGAUCAAAGGCAGAAGUAGAAGUGAGCCUAAGAGCAGAACCACACACCACUCAGUGGUCGAUCCCAGGGAGCUAGUGAGGCCUCACUUUUAAUAGCUCUGUGGUGCUCUAGGGAGGUAGAUCUCCAAGCAAUGAGAGCCCCAACCUUUCUGAAAUUUUCUGAAGCCCAAGUGAGUGAAUGCUGCUGGAACUCAAGGGAAUGUGUAGGCUAUAAAAAUGGAUGUUUAGGCAGUCAUUAAUGGUGACAGAUUACUACUAAAGGGAGGGAACUCCCUGAUGUCUUAGCGCAGCCUAAAGACUCUAGAACAUAUGCAAGCAGUGUUCGAAAGCUGGGCUGGGGGUCGGGGUGUGGGGGGAAUGCAGUAAUGAAUGAGAUUGAGCAUGGUUCAAUGGAAAUGUAGAGUUGAGUUAGUUUAUUUCUUUCUUUCAAGACUGCAUGCCAUUUAUUUCUUUUUCUUGUCUGCUUGCAUUGACUAGGACUUCCAGUCAGGAAAGGUGUGCAUCAGGGUUGUAUCCUUUCACCAUACUUAUUCAAUCUGUAUGCUGAGCAAAUAAUCCAAGAAGUUGGACUAUAUGA